GGGACUUUUUGGCGGGAACGCGAGGAGUGAAGUUGUGUGAUUUGUUUUAUUUUGUUUAUUUAGUGUUUCUUCGGGUUUAAAUGUGUAAUAAUGGUGGUUUAUUAACUGUUUAAUAUCUGUGAAAGUGCACAAAUGUGGGAAAAUGAAACAAAGCCGCUGGACGUAACUUCUCGGGAUCCUCCAAAAAGUCCAUUGAAAUAAUCUUAGUAAAUGACCACCAUUUUACUGAGAUUAUAUUUCAUCCCAUAUCAUCUCAUUUCAUUUCAUCCCACUUGAUUAAUGUCUCAAAUUAAUUAUCUUCAUUUCAUUUCACUCCAUAAUAUCAUUUUUCAUAAAAAUAUGAAUAUAUGUAAAUUAAAAUAAGACAUGACUUAAAGGUCUCAGUUACCAGGUCAUAAAAUCCCUUAAAAAAAACCUUGUAAAUGUUGGCCUAAAGGUCUGGCCAUAAUCUCAAAAAAAAAAAACGGUAUAUCUAUGUAAUUAUUGUAAAUCUAAGUAUGUAUACGAUACGCGAUGCCAUAAAAUAUUUACGCGAAAUUUCGAGGCUUAUUGUUUUCAACAUGCUGAAAUCCCUCUAAAGUAUUUUAUUGGAAAUUAAAACUUGGGUUAUUUCUAAUUUUUUUGCAGACACAAUGAAUUUAGAGUUACUGGAAUCGUUUGGACAAAAUUAUCCUGAGGAAUUCGAUGGUACCCUUGACUCAAUUUCACUGGCUUCAACUUGCGCAUUCAACAGACGAGGUACAUUGCUGGCUGUAGGCUGCAAUGAUGGUAGGAUUUUUAUCUGGGAUUUCCUGACUCGGGGCAUUGCAAAGUCAAUAUCAGCUCAUGUGUACCCUGUAUGCAGCUUAAGUUGGUCAAGGAAUUGUAAAAAGCUAUUAUCAGCAUCAACAGAUCAUAAUGUAUGCAUAUGGGAUGUACUGUCUGGUGAGUGUGAACAGACGUACAGAUUCCCUACUUCAAUAUUACGUGUGCAAUUUGAUCCGAGGAAUGACAAGAGAUUUCUCGUGUGUCCCAUGAGACAUGCAGCCUUACUGGUCGAUACUGAUGGUGAUCAUAAAAUACUUCCUAUAGACGAAGAUGGAGAUGUAAAUGUAAUGGCUUCCUUCAACAGAAGAGGAGACUAUGUUUAUACAGGGAAUGCCAAAGGAAAAAUACUGAUACUUGACUCGCAGACGUUGGCCGUAAAAGCCAGUUUUAAAAUAACUGUAGGCACAUCCAGUACAACUAGUAUCAAGAGCAUCGAAUUUGCUAGAAGGGGAGAUUGUUUCCUAGUGAACACGUCGGACCGCGUCAUCCGGGUGUACGACACCAACACGGUGCUCCAGUGCGGGGUCAACGGUGAACCCGAACCCAUACAGAAACUCCAGGACCUCAUCAACAAAACAACGUGGAAGAAAUGUUGUUUCUCCGGCGACGGCGAGUACAUCUGCGCCGGGUCCGCGCGACAGCACGCGCUCUACAUCUGGGAGAAGUCGAUAGGGAACCUCGUCAAGAUCCUGCACGGAACCAAGGGGGAGCUCCUGCUGGACGUCGUGUGGCACCCCAUCCGCCCCAUCAUCGCCAGCAUCAGCGCCGGUGUGGUAUCGAUAUGGGCACAGAACCAAGUCGAGAACUGGUCAGCGUUCGCUCCCGACUUCAAGGAGCUGGACGAGAACGUGGAGUACGAGGAGCGAGAGAGCGAGUUCGACGUGGAGGACGAGGACCGCUCUGUGGACCAGGCCGGGGACACCAGGGACGACGAGGAAGUCGAGGUAGACGUGACUUCGUGCGAAGCGGUGGCGGCCUUCUGCAGCUCCGACGAGGAGGGCGAGGACGAGAACGUGCUGCUGUUCCUGCCCACCGCCCCCGAGAUCGAGGACCCCGAGGAUGGUUGGGCGGCGACUCAGGAGACGAUCACGCCAGCCGAAACUCCAGAAAAAUUGGAACCUGCAGCAAAGAGGCCUAAAAGCAAAACCUACGACAUAUCACUGAAGAUUCCCCCGCCUGAACAAUCAUUGUCAUUCGGAGGGAAAAACAAACAAGCUGCUGGAAAUAAAAAAGUAGCGGGCAGGCCGAGGAAAUAAUAAAAAUUUAGAAAUUUUGCA